AUGAGGAUCCCACCCAUCGAUGUGCUCAUCCAUUGGCCGCGGCCAAACUACAUCAACCCGGAGAAUCGGGGGCCGGGGCUGCUCAUCAUCGAGAUGGUCUUUUUGGGCAUCGCCAUGAUAUGCCUCUGCCUGCGGAUGUACAUCAGGAUUGUCAAGAUUCGACAGACCUGGUGGGAUGACUGGCUUAUGGUUGCUGGCAUGGUAUUCUGCAUUGGCGUCACGAUUUGCGUCAUUCUCGGUACGGCUCGCCCUCACCUGAAGCUGUUAAAGGGAAUGUCAAAGGCAAUAAGAAACCUUCAGGCUAACAAUCUGCGAUUAGCCACUGAAUUAUACGGCUGGAACCUGCAUGUAUGGGAUAUUCCGCUGUCACUGAUCAAGCAAAGCCGACAGAUCUCCAUGGCUGCGCAGACUCUUUUCCUGUUCGCCUCUGGCUUGUCCAAGCUCUCGAUUCUUGCCAGCUAUCUGAGGCUCGCGGCGCCGGGGACAUGGUUCCAACGGCUUACUUGGGUGACUGGCGGUCUUGUCUUCACCCUCGUCUGGGUCUUUCUCAUUGUGCUCUGGACGCAGUGCAUGCCGAUAUGGCACUACUGGACCCUCUUCGCCGACUGGGGAAACUGCAUCCCCGAAUGGCCGCCACUAGCAGGUCAAGGUAUCACAAACGUCCUCACCGACGUAGCCGUGUACCUCCUCCCGAUGCCGACCCUCUUCCGCCUUCAGAUGCCCCUCAACCAGCGCAUCAGCCUCAUCAUCCUCUUUGGCCUCGGCACCGUCGUCGUGCUCGCGGGCAUCAUGCGAACGUACUGGGUCAUCCGCGUCGAAGUUUUGUAUGUGGAGGACCCUUCUUACGACCUGACAUGGGACGGCUUCAACAUCUGGGUGUGGACCGCGCUCGAGGCGAAUCUGGCGAUUGUGUGCGGGUGCGCGCCGACGCUGAGGAGGCUGUUCACGGGUGGAGGCAAGGAUCAGACGCCCAAGGUGCAUAGUUCGAUUCAGACGAUUGGGAGCUCGGGGAUGAAGAGGAAGAAGCAUCGGUCGUUAGGUUCAAGGUCUAUUAUUUCUCAAUUGCGAACAGUUCUCAACGAAUUCAUGAAGACCAUCGAUCGCCUAUGA